GUUAAAUCAAGUAACUGUUGAUGCUGCGUGAACAUAGAACGGAGCGGUUACACGUGCACGUUCAAAAUGGUAUUCAACAUAAGCCGGAGAUAUAGAUGAUCGAUAUUGUUUGGCGUCGGUUGAAGCAAGAAACAAAUUGGAAUUUUGUGGGACUAAUUAAGCGUUGCGUCACUAAUCUGAAUACGUGGUUGCCAAUUCGACUGAAAUAGUUGUGUGUUACUACAAUAUGAAACUCGACCGUUGUAUUUCGUGUGUAUUAGUCCUGGCGAUGUACCAAACAGUACACGGUGACCAAAGCGUUGACCUCGAUAGUCUUCAUCGUUUAAUAAACGAGGGCUAUGAUAUGCAAAUGAGGCCAUUUGUAGACGGUCCCCCAGUUAAUGUAUCUGUUGGAAUGAUGAUAACAAGUAUUCACUCAAUAUCAGAUAUAUCGAUGGAUUUUGGCGUAACAAUGUUUCUUGUGGAAAAUUGGGAGGAUCCCCGACUGAUUUUUAAUGGAACGGACCCAGUGGACCUCCGAUCUGGCUCGGAGCUGCUUGCAAAAAUAUGGACACCCGAUUUAUACUACGUUAAUGUAAAAGAGGGAUAUUUACAUCAGGUAACAACGACAAACAAACAGUUACGUGUAAGCCCAGGCGGUCAUGUAACUUACGACAUAAGGGUUUCUUUGACGCUUAUUUGUUACAUGAGUCUACAUCGUUUUCCCAUGGAUCGACAGUCAUGUGGUAUUGAUAUGGAAAGCUUUGGGUAUACGACGAAAGACGUCCGAUUAUCGUGGAACAAUGACAUAGGGGUUAUGAUUCCCCCUGAUGUUGUCAUGCCGGGAUUUGAAAUCGAGAGCCCAACGAUAGAACAAACAGAAAUAUUAUACCCAAUGGGUUACUAUGAUAGAUUGGAAUGCCGAUAUUCACUACACCGUGAACUUAUAUUCUAUAUCAUGGAGCACUAUGUCCCCUCUAUGCUGCUGGUCAUUCUUUCCUGGAUUUCAUUUUGGCUGAGUGUGGACGCCACUCCAGCCAGGGCCAGUCUAGGAAUAACUACAGUAUUAACACUCACGACGCUGAGCUCUGGGGCGCGUGUCGAGCUACCUAAGGUGUCAUAUACUAAGGCUAUUGAUGUAUGGAUGCUUGUUUGCUCAUUUUAUGUUUUUGCUGCAUUACUGGAGUUCGCAAUCGCCAGUUAUUAUCAUAAAUACAAAAGAUGUGAAAGUAUUAGUUUAUCGGCACUAGAGGACGCUGUACAUCUAAUGAAGGAAACUUCUUUCACUAAAAUGGACUAUGGAGCAACACUCUUCCUAUCCCUUCGAUGGGAUGAUCCAAGACUAAGUUUCAUUGGAAUUGAACCAAUUGAUCUACGCUCUGGGUCGAAUUUACUGGAUAAAAUAUGGACACCCGAUUUGUAUUUCACAAACGUAAAAGAGGCCAAAAUACAUGAGGUUACUGUGACCAAUAAACACGUACGCAUUCAUCCAGAUGGCCAUGUGCUCUACGAUAUGAGAGUGAGCCUUGUACUUAUUUGUCAUCUAUACCUACAGCGAUUUCCAAUGGAUAAGCAAACGUGUGGGAUUGAGCUGGAAAGUUUUGGUUAUACAACAAGGGACAUACAACUUGAUUGGGAUGCCAAUUUCUCAGCGAUCAUCGCCCCCGAAGUGGUGAUGCCCGAAUUUACAGUAGGACUCCCUGUCACAAGUAAAGGAAUGAGACGGUACCCCUUAGGAUAUUACGCCCAGCUUCAAUGUCAGUUUUCACUUCACCGAGAACUCAUUUUCUACGUUAUGGAGCAUUAUGUGCCUUCAUUUUUAUUGGUUAUACUCUCAUGGGUUUCGUUCUGGUUGAGUGUUGACGCAACACCAGCUAGGGCAAUAGAUAUAUGGAUGCUAGUGUGCUCGUUGUUUGUAUUCGCGGCUCUACUGGAGUUUGCCGUAGCCAGCUAUCUUCAUAAAGCCACGGAUACCUGUGAUGCUCACAAGGCCAGGAGACGACAGAGCCUUAACGUGGACAGAAGGACGCCUCCCCAUGAACACGAACUCUUAGAAUUAACCAGUAAAUCAGGACUGCAACACCGCAAUCAUGAGACACGGAUUUACAUGGAGGAUUCUUUCUACGACGAGCCGCCAUCGUUACGAAAUAAAGGAUAUAAACUAAUCUCUCGACGAAUUGACAGAUAUUCACCAAAAGGGACGUUACAGAGGCCUCCCGCUGAUAGGUUAUUACAGCUGUUAGUCGAACUGUUCGGGUACAAGAAAAAUCUGUACGCGGUCAUCAAAGACCCGGAGUACGAUAAAGAACUGAGGCCAAACGCUGAAGGCCCACCUGUCAAUAUAUCAGUGUUUGUUUAUUUCACCAGUAUACACUCGUUAUCCGAGGUUUCUAUGGACUAUGGUGCUACGCUAUUCCUAUCUCUUCAGUGGGACGACCCGCGGUUUGCAUUCAAUGGCACAGAGCCCAUUGAUCUUAGAUCGGGCUCAGAAUUACUGGACCACAUUUGGACUCCGGAUUUGUAUUUUGUGAACGUGAAAGAAGGGAAACUGCAUCAAGUUACCAUGAAUAACAAGCAUAUACGAAUCAAUCCAGACGGAAGAAUUCUCUAUGACAUGAGAGUCAGCCUGGUUCUUAUUUGUCACUUGUAUUUACAUCGUUUUCCGAUGGAUAAGCAGACAUGUGGUCUUCAAAUUGAAAGCUUUGGAUAUACUACCCGAGACAUGCAACUGGAUUGGAAUGACGAUUUCGCAGCAGUCAUGGCGAGUGAAGUGAUCAUGUCGGAAUUUCAAGUUGGUGACCCGGUUGUCUUCAAGAAAACGUUGAAUUACCCUACAGUCGGUUUCUUCGACCAGUUAGAAUGUCGAUUCUCUCUUCACCGUGAACUAAUCUUCUACGUUAUGGAACAUUACGCACCGUCAUUUUUACUCGUUAUACUGUCAUGGGUGUCUUUUUGGCUAAGUGUGGAAGCUACUCCUGCGAGGGCAAGUCUGGGAAUAACAACAGCUCUAACAUUAACUACAUUAAGCUCGUCAGCCAGGGCACAGAUGGCGCGAGUAUCAUACACAAAGGCUAUAGACAUUUGGAUGCUGGUAUGUUUGAUAUUCGUCUUCGCUGCAUUAUUGGAGUUUGCCGUAGCCAGUUAUCUUCACAAGAAGUCAGAGACGAUGUAUUACAAUUCCUCGGAUUAUUACUCGGAGAGUAGUAUACCAUUGCGUCGCCUUGAUUUAAAAGACUACACACCAGUAAGAUCAGACAUACUGCACCACCAAGAACUACGGAUUAACAUCGAAGACGGGAGGCCGCCAGAAACACCGAGGAUUGCCCGAAAAAGAAGUUUCAGGAGACUCUCUAGGACGAUAGAUAAAUACUCCAGGGGAUUGUUCCCCUUAGCUUUCUUGUUCUUUAAUUCUGUCUACUGGCCCUUUUAUCUGCACAAUUACUACGGGACUGACCCGAUGGAAAAGUAUUAUGCGGAGAUGGCUGCAAAUGACAGCUAG